CCAUCAUUCCAUCCACCUCUUCCGGAACGAAUUCCUACUGAGUACUGGUCAUUGUYGCACACUAUUCAAUUCCUUUCUUUUAAUUACAAUCAUUAUAACUAUUUGAGGUCCAGAGCAGCAGUGUCUUGUUUUGUAUUGGAGGGAACAGAUAGUCCUCAAUUUAAAUAGGUGCAACUCGGCGAAGAGGGCUCUGAUUUCCACUCCGUUCUAUUCGACAAUACCAAACUAGAUACACUGCAAUCACGCACCACUACAUAACGAAUAGUUUCCAAAUCAUUAUUAACAGGAGUUAAAAGCACCUUCUUGAUUCCCUGAUUUGUAUCCACUUAGGAAACGCAACAAACWGACGAGCAAUGCCAUUAACACGGUCCUCACGAAAAAGGCUGACCGCCGGGGAAGGUGGCAAUGCAAUCGGCACAGCAAACAACGAACCAAGAAUAAAACGACAAAAAACCGGUUCGGAUGUUGCAAAAACUUCUGCAGCUGCGGCUACAGCAAAAGUCCGCAAGGCCCGGGCCCUCAAACCCGUAGCCACCAAUGCAAAAGCCCAGUCUAAGUCGAAUGCCACACACAAGCAACACGAUGUGGCGACGAAGCCAGUCACCCGGGGUGCGUCGUCCUACAGAACUGCAGCGCAUAGAAAGGCGUCGAAGACUGCGAAGGCGAAUGGUGUUCCUCCCUCCAAAAAGGCCGCCCCGCCCGCAAAACGGGGCCGAUCUGCGAAAGCGACGAAUCAACAACCAAUGAAGGAACAAGAAUAUCAGGAGCACCACUUCCUUCCGUACGAAGAAACAGCUUCUUCGACGACUUCAGCGCUCCCCGAUACCGAGGUUGUGCGUUCCGAACCAAAAGCAAGCGAAGAAGCCAGUUCCGGCAACGACUGUUCCGAAGCAAAACCACCAGCACCCGUCAAUGCGGUUGAAAAAGACGAUGUUAUCAGAUCUAAGGACCUGAGCACUGCAGAUGGGAUCUUUUCCAACAGCAGCUACCAGAACGGGGUGCCAGACGACAUUGACGCAAGGGAUGCACACGAUCCGCUGUCGGUCACCGACUAUGUGGCCGACAUGUACGAACAUUUUCGCUCCAAGGAAGAAAUGUGUUCCGUCGAUUACAUGUAUAUGGGCAGCGCCGUCCACGGCAAGCAGCCCAACAUUAACGAGAGCAUGCGGUGCAUUCUCGUCGAUUGGCUCAUCGAGGUGCACUACAAGUUCAAGCUUUUUCCGGAGACUUUGUACUUGACCGUCAAUGUUCUGGAUCGGUUCCUGUCACAAACCACUGAACUCAUCACCAAAAGGGAUUUACAGCUGGUGGGUGUGACUGCCUUGUUGGUUUCUGCCAAGUACGAGGAGAUGUACGUUCCCGAACUCCGGGAUUUGACCUACAUUUGUGACGGGGCCUACACGGAAGCUAGGGUACGUUAUUUUUCAUAUUCCACUCUGAUUGUAGGACAGUCGGUUUUUGGAACACGAACAGCGAAGGUUUAGAAGAUCGUUGAUGCAAAACAGCCAGAAAUCAUUUUGAUUGCACUACCGUAACAAAGAGCAAUGGAGUUGUCAUAAUCAUUUGCUCUGAUUUACAAAUUUUCUUUUUCUCACUCUUCUUUUUGGUUUGAUGUGCAAUCCCCUUUAACCUCGUCUAAUUUCAAUUCCGCACUACGCGCGUUUCGUUGCACAACAGAUUCUCCGAAUGGAAGAAAAGAUUCUCAAGACUCUCAAUUACAACGUUACAGUUCCAACCCCUCACACAUUUUUGAUCCGCUUCCUUAAGGCGGCGCACGCCGACACACUCAUGGCUCAGCUGGCCUGCUUUUUGUUGGAUGGAACACUAUUGAGUUUGGAAAAACUUACGUGCCUGUGGCGGCCCAGCCAACUUGCAGCGGCAGCCAUUCUCCUAGCGAGGCGGCACCUAGGUCGACACAACUGGAGUCCCACUCUGGUAAGCUACUCCUACUACAGAGAGGAAGACGUCCUACCCGUAGCCCGAGCUCUCUUGAAAAACAAGGAACGUCUAGAGAACAACCGCGAGCUUCUGGCCUUGGCAAAGAAAUAUUCGAAGACCAAGUAUGGGAAGGUAUCGCACAUCGAGUUUGAACCAUUCGACGACCAAGAGUCUAGUGGCGACGAAAGCAUCGAAAACAGUCUGUAGCACAGUGAAAGGGCUCAGAAAAACGAGGGAUCUAUCUUCACUAUUCUUUUCCACUCUCUGCAUGCCAAACAUGCACAACAAGCUAUUGGAAGAAAACGAACCAAAUGGAACGAGAACACACAUUAUAAAGGGAACAAACAAUCACUCAUACGAACCACACAAUCAACAACAAAUGAAUCAGAGACCGACGGGAAGAUCUUAUCUAUGACGCACGCUCACACAGCCAUUCCUUGUUGGGAAUCAGAACCUUGAUCGGUGACAGUCACCGGUACAAGUGCAAUGUGUACAAUAUCUUCGUGGAAUCUCUUCGCAUCCUCAGGCGUCUCGGCACAAGCAUUGCCGACGACACGGAUAUCACUACGUCGAUCAGUAUCUGAUUAAUAUCCGAUGGGCUAAAUGCACACGAAUUCUAGAACCACAAACUACCACUAGAAUAAAUUUUUCAACUCCUC